AAGAGGAUCUCAAAUUUCUGUUCGAAACAAGAAGGACUUGGAGUUCGUAUUCUGCAAUGGGUGAUACAAAUAAUGUAAUCGACAUAAUCAGCAACAUUCCGGAGCCCCUAAUCCAUGAAAUCUUCUCAUUCAUGGAUAUGAGAAGUGUUUUACAGACAAGUGUUUUAUCAAGCAGAUGGCGAUAUGUUUGGAAAUCAUCACCCAUUCUCACGUUCGACUUUCAAAUGUUCACUCAUCGUUUCAAGAAGAUACACUGCAACAAGAACCAUUAUAUCAAAUUUAUCAAAAACAUCGACAAGGUAUUACUUCUUCAAAAAACACAGUUAUUCAAAGAAUCAAUCUCUUUUGUGGAAAUCAAAGGAACUGUGAUGUAUCUACACUACUGACACCUUCACUCCAUAGUUGGAUUCUCGCUUCUGCAAGAUUACGUAGUAUUAAAGAAUUUAAUCUUGAUGUAUCUGGUGUCAGAAUCUCUAGUUUUCCUAAUCCUAUUCUUAGAUGCUCUUCUUUAGUGAAAUUGGAGUUGAAACUAGGUCAGAAUUCGAACAUCUUUGUUUUGCCAAACUCUAUGGAUUUGCCUCGGCUUACCCAUCUGAAGAUUGAUUCAAUUCCAAUAGAUGGAAGUGGACGUUUGGCAGAGGACAUACACAAGCAUGGUAUGUUCCUUAGGGCCCUUUCUGAAGUUAGAGAACUAAGAUUAUCCGAGUGGUUUUUGCAUUUAAGUCUACGGGGUUUCUUUGCUUUCAGACCUCUUGUUCGGUUUGUUAAUCUACGUUCCAUCAAGCUGGAAAUGAACUUAUCACCAUGGAGCGUCAAAAAACUAGGAUGGUUACUCCAUAUUUCUCCUUAUAUCAAAAGUCUUUCUAUUGUAAUUGCUCCAGGGCCAGGGAUGCCAAGGACGAUUACACCUGACAGUGAAUGGGCUAGAGUGUCAUGGUUGCCACGCAAUCUGUAUCAUCUUAGAUCGGUAAAAAUUCGAGGUAUACUAGGCAACAUUAGCCAGCUGAAACUCGUGGAGCUUAUCUUCAAGUAUGCCGUGGCCUUGCAAGAAAUGGAUCUUUACAGUUGGAAGAAAUCAACAACGGAGGAGCAGUUAAUUGCAUUUGGCGAGAAGCUGCGAACACUUCCAAUAGCAUCCUCAAAGAUCUCAACAUUUUUUCUUUGAGUGUUAGUGGGUUUUGUUAUGGUGCAGAACUUUCAUGGAGGAUUGCCUGCAGAACUUGAACUGGAGCAUUUGGAAUGUUUGUCGUGAAGAAGUAGAUGGAAAUUUCACAUUUUAGGAACUCGUGUGGUUCAUAACUGGAAGGGAGGAAAGCUGUGUCAAACUAGCAAGCUCCCAAUGCUUCUUUUCUGUAUUUCUUCUAGACAAGAAAAGUUCUCACCCAAAAUAUCCUCCCACUUGACUUUACAAACUUCUCAUGCAUUGCACUGAAUAAACUUCUCUCAUUCUUUCUUCUUGUUCGUAAUUUUGUGAGUGUACAAGAGAAUAGGAGCAUGAUCACUGUUAAUCUUGCCAAGUUCAGCAUGGCUCUAUCAUGUAUGAUUUAC